UUAAAACCUACCACUUUGCAUCUCUUUACUGUUUCCCCACCUUCAUAUUCGGGUGUGGAAACACUUCCUCACAAACUGAAACUCCACAAUCACCCAUCCAAUGGGCUGCGUAUCCUCCAAGCACGCCAGAAAGGAUCUCGAGCGAGAAUUCGCAUUUGAAAAUGGCGGCGGCGUUACCAACCACGUCGUAUCGCUCACUUCAAGCACUUACGGAGUCCUCGAACUCGACGCCGAGCCGCAAUGCGUCAAGAAAUGCGUAAUUGAUGAAGUCAAGAAAUCGUCGCCGCCACGCGAAGAGCCAGCCGAGGUGAUCAACGCUUGGGAGCUCAUGGAGGAUCUUGAUGAAACAGAGAUUCUUCCCUGUUUGGUUCAAUCCAAGAAAAGCCCUAAACCGCGUGCUGUUCUUGAUCCUAGAAGAAGCCCUUUGAGGUUCUUGAACCAAAAGGGAUCUCCGAAGAGGUUGAAAAGAUUUGGAGGCAAAGAAAACAAUGGCGGAAGAGCAGAGCCGAGCCCGAAAACGGGUCUGAAUAAUAAUAAAGUUUAUAAUUUGAAUGAGAGUCCAUGGAAGCAGAGAAUUCCCAAGAAGGGAAGUCCAGAAACGGCAAAAUGUGACGGUCUAGGGCCUCUGUUUGACCCGGAGCUCAUAGCUUAUUUCGAGCAGGAGUUAUCCGCCGAGGCAGAACUGAAGAAGAAAGCCUUAUCAUCACCGUGGCCAAUAAUUUCGAGAAAAUCCAGGAAUCCUUCCAACACUGCAGAGGCAAUCCUCGAACAAUUCGACAAAAUCCGCCCGCCGGGCGGCGAAAACGCGGUAGUACUUUACAUUACAACGUUGCGGGGCAUAAGAAAAACAUUCGAGGAUUGCAACACGGUCCGGUCCAUCCUCGAAUCGCACCAGAUUAGGACGUUAGAGCGCGACAUAUCGAUGCAUUCCGGGUUCAGGGAGGAGCUGAGAGGGCUAAUGGGCACAACGGAUGUGAGGGUGCCCGUAGUUUUCGUGAAAGGGCGGCUGAUCGGCGGAGCUGACCAAGUUGUGAAGCUGGAGGAGGAGGGCAAAUUGGGAAUUGUACUCGCCGGAAUCCCAAGGGCGGCGGCCGGUUGCGGCGGCUGCGGUGGGGUCCGCUUUGUGUUGUGCUUGGAGUGCCAUGGGAGCUGUAAGGUGUGGGGUGAGGAUGGAAAUGGAAAGUGUGGAGAGUGUAAUGAGAAUGGAUUGAUUCAAUGCCCCAUUUGUUGUUAACUAAUCAAGUUAAUAACAUAGGUUUGUUUAGUAAAUUAUGAUUUUGGUUUGUGGAUGAAAGAGAAGUAGAAAGGAGUGUGUGUUUUGUUGUACUUAGGAUAUAUUAUACGUCCAUCAUAUGUUCAUCUGUCAGAACAAGGAGAAAAUUUGUCGUGUGUUUGGAUUGGAUUGGUUCUUUUGAAAAUUUGACAGAGAGAUAUCGUCUGUACUUUGUGUUUCAGCAAUACUUCUAGCAUCCUUUAUAAGUAGUUAGAGCAUCUUUACCAA